AUGGAGGAUUCGAUCAACAUUACUCCUGGUGGCCAAUCCACAGAAGUCAACGCCCAAGUCAAGGUCAAGUUGCACAUUCUCAUCAACUUGUCGCACCAGCUCCAAGCCAACUUGAAGAAGUCCUACGAGAAGUGCCAGGAGAUGGAGAACAUACUUCGAAACGAGCGGCAAAAGCUGCAGCAAUUUGAGGGCGACGUGGAUGACUACGCCGAAGUCUCUGUCAACCUCUUCGCCGCCCUCUCCGAGUUCCAGACUCAUCAUUCGGACCUUGUGAGCGAUUUCUACAAAGAGGAGAGGGAACUGAAGCGGGAACAAGAGGAGUUGGACGAGAUCUUUAAGCUUCUCGAGCAAGUCCUGCUUAUGAUCGAGUACAAAGGCGAUGUCAAGAAAGAGGACAGCAUAGUGGCCAUGAAAGGUACCUAG